GGCGGGCCGCGCUCGGGCCCCCGCCGUGUGCGCGUCCUCCUGGCGGAUCCCGUGUAAAUGUCGAAAUAUUUCCUGUGAAGCAUAAGAAUCCCUGAUUGUGGAAGUGCGCCACAAGCACCGUUAACUAUAAAGUGAGGAAAAGUAUGAAAGAACCAUCUGGUUGAGUCUACAAUUUGAAGACCACCACAUCCACCAGAAGCCCCAGGAUGGAUCUGCACCAAAGCACAGCCAUCACUUCCCUUGAGAAAUGGUGUUCAGAUAAGUCACCAUCUGGCUACAGGAGACAUUAUAAUGUCAGGAAAAAACUGAAGUUAAUUCGAAUCUUAGGCCUUUUCAUGGGCCUGGUAGCCAUUAGCACUGUGCCAUUUUCAAUCAGUGCCUUUUCUGAGACAGAGACACAGAGCACAGGAGAGGGUAAUGGUGCAAGUGGCCCUGGGGUAGCACACAGUUACCGUCCAAGAACUCUCUUAGAUUUAAAUGACAAGAUUCGGGAUUAUACUCCACAGCCACCUCUUUCUCAGGAAGACAAAUCUGAGAAUAAUACAGAUCACGCCCAAGGAGACUACCCAAGAGACAUCUUUUCCCUCGAGCAGCGAAGAAAAGGCGCCAUCAUUCUCCACGUCAUUGGAAUGAUCUACAUGUUCAUAGCCUUAGCCAUUGUCUGUGAUGAGUUCUUUGUUCCUUCUUUGACUGUCAUCACUGAAAAACUGGGCAUCUCUGAUGAUGUGGCUGGAGCUACCUUUAUGGCUGCAGGGGGCUCAGCCCCAGAACUUUUCACAUCUCUCAUAGGGGUAUUCAUUGCUCACAGCAAUGUUGGCAUAGGCACAAUCGUGGGAUCAGCAGUGUUCAAUAUCCUCUUUGUUAUUGGCAUGUGUGCUCUGUUUUCUAGAGAAAUCUUAAACCUGACGUGGUGGCCGCUCUUUCGGGACGUGUCCUUCUACAUCGUUGACUUGAUCAUGCUGAUCAUAUUUUUCCUGGAUAAUGUCAUCAUGUGGUGGGAAAGCUUACUUCUCUUAACAGCUUAUUUUGGCUAUGUGGUUUUCAUGAAAUUCAACGUCCAAGUAGAAAGAUGGGUGAAGCAAAUGAUCAAUCGCAAUAAAGUCAUCAAGGCGACAGCGCCAGAGGCACAAGCAAAGCCUAAGCCACGUCUGCAGCGAGGAGGAAGUUCUGCCUCCCUCCACAACAGUCUCAUGAGAAACAGCAUCUUCCAGCUCAUGAUCCACACCCUUGACCCACUUGCUGAAGAACUUGGAUCAUAUGGAAAACUAAAAUAUUAUGACACAAUGACUGAAGAAGGGAGGUUCAGAGAAAAGGCUUCAAUUCUCCACAAGAUCGCCAAGAAGAAAUGCCAGGUGGAUGAGAACGAGAGGCAGAAUGGGGCUGCCAAUCACGUGGAAAAAAUCGAGCUCCCAAACAGCACCAGCACAGAAGUUGAAAUGACGCCUCCCAGUGAUGCUUCGGAACCCGUACAAAACGGAAAUCUCUCCCACAGCAUUGAAGCUGCAGAAGCCCAGACCACAGAGACGGGUGAAGAUGAGGAGGACCAGCCGCUCAGCCUGACCUGGCCUUCCGACACCCGCAAACAAAUCACGUUCCUAAUUGUUUUACCCAUAGUGUUUCCUCUCUGGAUUACCUUACCUGAUGUCCGCAAACCUUCAUCAAGGAAGUUCUUUCCCAUCACGUUCUUCGGCUCCAUCACCUGGAUUGCAGUAUUCUCUUACUUGAUGGUCUGGUGGGCACACCAGGCUCCCGCUGCCCUGGCUCCUGUACACCAUCAUUCACAGAUUCCAACCAGUGGCCGUCAGCAGCAACGGCCUCUUCUGCGCCAUCGUCCUCCUCUUCAUCAUGCUGCUCUUCGUCAUCCUCUCCAUCGCCCUUUGCAAAUGGCGGAUGAACAAAGUGCUCGGCUUCAUCAUGUUCGGACUCUACUUCGUAUUCCUGGUGGUCAGCGUCCUCCUGGAAGACAGAAUUCUUGUGUGCCCUGUCUCCGUCUAGCGGGAAAAGCCAUAUCUUGCACCAACAGCAUGGAUGGUCCCUCCCCACUCUGGGUUCUAGGCUCCUCGACCUCUCGAGAAGAGGCGGCUGGCACACGGCCCUGAGCAUUUCGAGUGUCCCUCCUUGGCGGAUUUGAGGAGGAUGGAUUCACACUGGGCCCCUUCAUUUCACAGGCUGCUUCCACCCCUGCCUAUUGAAACGGCUUCAUGCAAGAGACAGAGAGAACAUGGGGGCUUCUCUCCAUUCACCACUGACAGGUACUCCUCGCUGGUCGGAGGUACAUUCGUUGUAAUGAUGCAAACAAUGACGGAGGCUCUAUACAUACAUAUAAAAUAUACAUAUUAUAAAUAGAUGCACAUGAACACACCCUGCCUGUUCCUGUACUAUACCUCUCCUUCCAUACCUAUAGAGUAAUACAUACCUGUAUACAAACACAGAAAAAGAAAAAUUAUAUAUGUAUAAAAUCAUAUAUAUAUAUAUAAAUACAAAUGCAUCUUUUCAGGGAUAGUUCUAGUAUAUUUAUAGUACCUAUUUGAAGAGGGGCAUCAACCUUCAGUCUGAGCUUUCCCUCCAAUUGUGAGAGGUGAACUAAUAGAGUCAUUGCUGUGAACUUCAGCCUACCUUGGACUUACUGGGAUCCCGCCUGGUAAGGUGGGUGUUUUAGGGAAAUAUGUUCCAGGAAGGAGGACUUGGUGGAGAGGGUCUGUAGGAGCCCUGAGUUGAGCCCUCCAAAACAUUCCCUCAAGUCAAACAGGGACGACUAUCUGCCCACCCCCACUGGGGUGCACUGAUGGAAACCUACAGGGAUACCUGGGACAGACAGAGGUAAAACCUGGAUUGAGUGGAUUCUGGUUUGGGGGCAGGGGGAUGUGACCAGGGUUGGGUUUUUUGGGAUUUUUUUUUUAAUAUAUUGCCCCAGCAUGCAAGUAGAAAAUAUGACUGCAAACCAAAUUAGCACUCUUCUAGGUCAGCAAGACUAUAUAAACUGAACCUAUAUUUUUCCAAUGCAUGUCCCAUUAUCAUCAAAAGAAGGGGGGCACGUUUAGCGUGACUGUCAUUUAGACAUAUUUUGAUGCUAAGGACUCACAUAUAAUCAAAAUGCCUACCAAGAGAGCCUGACUAUGUAAUAAGAAAUACCAUCAGGUAGAGGCGUUCAGUGGGACUUGCCACCUAACAGGAGCAUAAGGGCAUAGUUCUUUAAAGCAUCUUCCAGUGUGGUCAUAAAGGGCUUCAGUGUCUGAAUAAAUCAUUAUUCCUCCAGUAGAAGGAAACUGACUCUGAUCAAUACUGCUUGGGUUGAGGCAGCUUAGAGAUGUUUGGAAAGGUAUUCGCAUGCUCAAUGUACCCAGGAAGGUUUCUGGGUCCUAUGUCUAGUGGUGCCAGGACCAGGAUUUGGUUAAAGCCCGUGCAACAUCUGUGUCUCUCCUGCCAUCAGGACCCAAUCUGAGACUCUUUCAAGCUUACAGAGUACACUGAAGACUAUACUCAGCUUUAUACUGGCUUCCAAGCUGGUCACUCCAAGGUUUGGAUUUCCUGAUUCUGCUCAGCAUUCAUGGGAUAGUUUCAUUUCAUUUAUUCAGUGCCCCCCAAAUUCUGUCUGACACCUUGUAUGAUAUCUCAGGUCGAUGUCAAUAGAAAAUAAAAACAGCAGGAAAAAAAAUAUAUAGGCAAACUAAAUUGAUGAAAACAUAUGUAGAGUUUUUCAUUUGCCCAAGUCAUGCUUUCCUUAAAAUCAGUUAAAAGCAAAUCGAGGAUGGCCCGUGAUUCGUACCCAUCCUACGUCUAAGUUGGUGCACACCACGUUUGGGGAACUAUAUCAUGUGUGUUCUUGUCUCCGGUCUAUUGUGUCAGGGAUGCCUGCGAUGAUUUUGUCGUGAGCACGUACCUCCUAAGACUGGGAGACAGGAUGCAGGACUCACGACUGAAUAGAGAGGCAGGGAGACCUGACAGCCCAGAUCAAGCUCAAUAUUCCUCCCACGAAACCCCAGCUCACUCCACAGAGCGUGGCGGUAACAGGCAGUGCCCCUCAUUGCUCUUCACCCACAAGCAAAAAGCGCUUCUAAGCGGAGGACCCCUGGGAAAACAGGAAAUCCAGAUGGCCGCCACCCCGAGACUAGCUCUCCGGUCUCUCCAACUUUGCCAAGUCAGGUUUGCAGUUGCGUGAAAGAAACCUGCCUCCUGUUCAUCAAGGGUAGGAUUUCGUAUUGAGGAACAAGAAUGUGUGCUCGUUCCUUAGAGUGAAAAAGAAUAAGUGAACUUGUUGUUAAAAACUCUGGUGGUUUUCCCUGAAGGGGAGCAAAGUUGGUUAUUGCCUGAGAAUAUAGUAUUGACUGGCUUGUUGUUUGAAAGAAUGUUCGAAUAGGUGACUUUGACUCAACUGCAGAUAGACUCUGUAGAACCAGACAGGAUGAGGGAGGCCGGGUGUAGCCCUGCUCUUAUUUCAGCACCUCCUGAUGCUCCCCCUGCCUCCUCACUCCUCCCAUUCAUUCCCAGCUGGCAGUGAAGACUCCUCCAGGCAGCCACGGGACAUCUUACUUGCUGGGAGCUCCACUUCAUAGGGAGAGUUGUAGCCAUUAAUAAAAAGUUGUAUUUGAGAAGACAAUAUUUCCCAGCCCAGGUCCCCCCUCAGUGAUGUGCCCUGAGCGUGGUGUGCAAGAGUGUUCCCUGGCUGGCUGGUACACAGGCACCUUCUCCCUGCCACUGCUUGCCCUUGCACUCCCCUCAUUGUGUGUCUGUGAGGUUAUGUGUUGGGCUAGGGCACAUCCAGAGAGAAGUGUAUAGAAUGCAACACUAGAUCUUUAAAAGCAUUCAAAUCAUUAAAAUAAUUAUAAGAAAGAACUUUCCACGUCAUGGUUUCCUCAGUAGGUCAUCGCUAAUGCCUUUCCUGCAAGCCUGUGAAUACACAUAUAUAAAUAGAUAUGUUGAUACAAGAUCUACAUGUACACACACAAUAUCACUUUCAUCAUCACCCUCUGACCCGAUCCCAUUCAGGAUUCAAAAGCAGGGAGCAUCAAGUUUGCCGUAGUGAAGGAAGAGGAAAGUCAUGCACACCAACAACCAAAGGGGACAUUCUUCCCUGAUCUCAUAAAUAAGGUGGUUUUGUUCUGUGCCCAUAUACACACAACCAUACACAUAUGCACCCACCCCACAUAUUGUCCCACCCCAAGAAUAUAGAUUUACAGCCUUAAAGAAAUGGCCAGCCAUAGCUGAUGUAAAGGCAAAGGAUACACAACAGAAAAGUACAGGAAAAAAUGUAGACUGCAAUACUCUUUCUGCUUCCCUGGAGCAGGGUGUAAAAUAAUAUCACAAAUUCAAGCACCAACUUCUUACUGCUCAGUCUGAAAUAAACAAGCUGUACCCAAAUGGUUCCAUUUACCUACAGCAAACCAAGCAGGUCUUGCUUGCUGUCACCUCCCCUGUCGCCCUAGGCAGCCUCAGGACAGAAGAACAACUUGGCUCAAACCAAGAAUGCCCAUAUAGAAUCUUCUAGAUUGCAUCUGGGAAUGCCAGCACUAAGUCCAGCUGUCCUCUGGACCUGUCUAGUUCCUAAAGAACUGAAGCUGGAGAUGUGAUGGUGUUUACACAACUUCCAAGGACCUAAGCUGAGCCAAGCAGUGACAGCUCGGGAAAGCGCAGUACAUGUGCAGGGAUGAGGGGUAGGGUUGUUUAUCAAUUUGGCAGAUGCAGCAGAAUAUCCUAAAGCCUUGCCCAAAAGAUUAUAAAAAGUGCCAGGGACUGUUUCAUAUUUGGGGAAAAUGCUUUGUAAGGCUUCUAACAGGUGUCACCUGACAGGGGCCAUUAGAAUUUAUUUUCUAGGGAAGACAUGAAUCAGGUGGUUUGGAGCCGUUUCAGCAAAACACAGCUGCCUGGCUGAUGAGACAUUCGAAAAUAUUAAUGUACAUCCACCCCCGGGCGGGGAGAGAGUCGGCGAACUCCCCACCAUCGCUCACAGCACUUAAAUUCCUCUGUAACAGGGAGAUAGGAGAUGAGCUAUAAAGCAAAGUCCUCCCCAAGCCACAUUAACAGAAAGCUGACCAAGGAAAUGACCACAGAUAGAGCUGCUGGCCAGAUAGAUGGUGGAGAGGAUGGGCCUUCUGUUAAAUGUUCUGCUGAAAUUACUGGGUUGGAAUGUCUGAUGUGGGUCUGAGGACCUACCUGAAUACAAGCAUUUCAGAAAAUUUCAAUAUGUUUUCUUCUCUACAUCUACCAACACACACACCCAAGAUUAUGAGGAUGUUAUGCUUCCUUGCAGCUGGACAGAUGGUUACUCAAAUAAUUAAGUGGGCAUAUUAUCAGUGGCAGCUCUGUUCCAGAAGAAAUAAAGGAAACUUCUCUCAGGGUGAUUUCUGGAGAAAUCAGCUGUCUCCAGAAAGCUUGUUAUAGAAGCUAAUGCUCCUUCUUGCUAAGCCAGAUCUAACAUAACCACCUCGCUUAAUAUUUUUAAAAGACACAUCCUCAACUCCCCAGCAGUAUUGUCUUCAAUUAGUAGGUAAGGGCUUAUGAUUAAGAUAGAGUUAGCAAAAAAAAAAUAAAGAACAAAGAAAGAGAAGAAAGAAGUUAAUUUACUUCUACUAGGAUUCCCAAGAAAGCAAGUGUCACAUUGAUAUAUAUCCCUAUGUAGUUUAAAAUAAUUACAGAUUUCAGGCUUUUUUUAACCAAUUACAUGAGCCUAUAUAGAGUCCCAGAUAAAAAUAUUUUCCUUUCCCAAGAAGGCCUUUUCUUGGGAAAGAAAGGUAACAUGCCCCUCAUUCCACUGUGUACUUAAGUUUAGCUCCUUGCCUCUGUGUCUUUGGGUUUCUGACGGCUUCAUAUUCUUUGAAAUAUAUAGCAAACAAGAAAAGCAAUAACGGGUGUGCUCACAGCCAGCCAAACACCACUACUUAUCAUUACGUCAUCAUGCUAUUUUUUCACUUCACUGGGAGCUUUGAAACUGCACAGGCUGUGGCAUGUAAUCACCAGGCAUCUGUCAAAAUCCUAGGUACACUCAUGCUUGCUAUGGAAGUACCACAUGAUUUCCACCUGGACCCCCCACACACAAUGUGCACACUGCCACUUUACAUGCCUUCCUCCCACACCGGGGAUCAGCCCUGCUCAGAACCACCUGAAUUCCAUAGCGGUCUUGCAUCUGACUGGUGACAGUUUUCUUUAAAAAGAGCAAGAGAGAGCUACAAAGGACAAAUAAGUCACAACAGCCAGUUUUUAGAGACAAAAAUGACCCUGUAAUUAUGACUGGAUAGACAAUUAUGUUCAAAUUAGUAGACAAAUACUGGGAGACUAUAUGGAACACCAAAUGACCUCAGCCAAGGUCCUUUCACUAAAUGAUUGAUUGACAGACUGGAAAACCUUAAAGAAUUUUUUAAAAACAGAUAAAUACCUAAGUCUGAAAGACUGCCAUGUUGCCAAGGUUGAUUUCUGUUAAGAGAGUUUGUCCAACCUGUCACCCUCAUCAAAAGGACAAUCCUUUUGUAGGAGAGGGGUCCUGGCACAGACGUUCCUGGCAUCCCAGUUCCAUCAACUAUUAACAUUAACAACCAUCAGUGUCAGAAAAGUCUCCCUCCAGGUUAACCCAAGCCCCUCAAGUUGAUGGCUUCAUCUAUUUUUUUCUUCUCGGCAGAAGAGAACUGCAUCCGGGCCCUCCUCACUGUUUAGCCCUGACCUCACCACUAUGUGACCCUUUAUCUGUUUUCGUCAAAAGUAUCUUUAGAUUUUUAUUUCUGAGUCUUUUUCUCUAACCCUCUCAAUAAUUUUUAUAGUUCUUCCCUACCAAGCUUUUUAAAGUGCUUUAUGUUGCUCUUAAAUUAGGGAACUUCAUGACUAAUCAUGACACAAGUAUAAGGUCUGUGCAGGGCUGAAUUAUAGCCUCACAUCUAAUGCUUUGCUCCCUUUUUAUGCACCUCUCUGUUGCCCUUACCUUUUAGAAAGUCACACUCCGUUGCUAAUUCGCCUUAAUCUUGAGUGCUCUAUGACUUGUGUAUCUUUCUUCCAAGCCAGAUGAAGCCAGUGCAUUUCUCAGCCUGGCCCAGUGCAUUUGAAUAGGCGUCUUACCUACUAUCAGCCACUUUCCUCUUGGUCUUAUUCAGUCUCAGGCUGCUCAUUUCUAACCCCACUGCCAGUGUUCAAGCCCAGUUGGACCCCGUGCUUGCUCCUCUUCAAGAUUCUCACCACCAACCUCCUCGGUUUGCUUGCACUUGGCAAGUGAAUUGAGCAUUUUCUCCAUCUCCUCAUUCGUGUGAAUAUUCAAAAAUGCUAGACCCCUGCCCCCAACAACUUAUGUUCUGUGUAAUUGACUGCUUCUUGGGGGAAUCCCUCCUAAUUGCUACUAAAAUGUGAACAGAAUUCACAACCACAAGAGAGCAGAGUCACAGAAAUACCUUCAGAGCACCAGUAGGUUGAUACAACCAGCACUAUCAGGCGUUUAUCCUCUGGGAAAAGGAUGAACACGGUGCGACAUUAUCACGAGGCCCUGGUGAGGUCAAGCCCAUGAGCUUCGUUUUUCGGUCAUAAUCCCACACUCACAAAGAACUCAGAGUUGGAGAGACACCACUGGAGAUCAUUCAGACACUCUGGACCUGCAUUACCUGCACUGAUUUACCAAAAGGAAUUUAUAUUUUUUCUUUAAAUAGGAAAUAGGGGAAAUGGUUGGACCUCCUCUGAUUACCCAUUAUUGCAGUGCGUUUACUUCCUUGUGUGGUAGGCUGGAUAGGAAUUGUAAGGGUGUUGAUCGGUGUCCUGGCCCAGGAAAAUGGGCUGUAGUUCGCCAAGACGAUGGGAAUUUGCUCCUGCAUUCUCACAUAUUGGGUUGCAUAUUCCUCUAUAAUGGAUCCGUAAGUAACUAAGGCCUUGAAACUGCCAGUUCUCUAAAACACUCAACUAACCAAAAGAGAAUACUAAUUUUUAAAUAAUGUCACCAAAAAAAAAAAAAAAAGAAUGAAUGAAGUCUGAAUCCCUGAAUAAAAUAAUUUUAAGGAUGAAAUUACAUGCAUGAAUUCCUUGCCAUUUAGUUAAACGAAUCUCCAAUUCUUCUCAUCAGGAUAAAACUGAAGGACAAUGGAGACCUUUUGGGUUUUUUAAUUUUUUAAUAUUGCACUUUAUAGCACUUCAUAAGAGACAAUUGUCUUAAUUAAAGCCAUAAAAUACCAAUAAUACGUAUAUUCAGGGCUUCUGAAUAUAGUCAAUCAAUAAGCAGUCCAUGAGUCAUUCUUGUUUUGUAUUGUUUGUUGUAAAUUGGAGUUUAUCUGUUCUAUUUUUUAUUGCAUACACUUACUGUUCUAGACAAUCCUAAUCUACUGAUAAAUUUUAGAUGGGUACUUUAAUAAAACUCAGAAAAUCAAAGAAAUAAUUCAUUUCACAAAAGCAUUCUUCGUUUUCAAAAUAGCUUGUUACACAGUUCCUUUAAAU